ACUGAGACACGCAGAGACAAACUGAGCCACGCAGAGACAAACUGAGACAAACUGAGACAAACUGAGACAAACUGAGACAAACUGACACGGCAGAUACAGGCACAGAGCUGAGAGACAGAGAAAACACAGACACAGAGAAACAGAGAGCUCUGAAACAGAGAUACAAACACAGACACAGAGAGGCAGAAAGCUGAGAGAUACACCGAUACAACACUCGAGGGAGAGAAACUAAGAAAAGCGACAGAACAUUAUACAGCGGAUUCCCAGAGGUUGUAAGAAGAGGACGGGGGCAGAUUUACAAUACCCCAGAAUGAGAGGCUUACUGCCCCUGCUGUGCGCGACUCUCUGGGCGAUAGAAGCAUCUGGAACACCAGUGAAGAAGAAAGCAAAGGUCCAAUCAAAGCUGGCCUCUGUGGAGGACGUGAACGUCCUGACCUAUGGCGUGCUGCAGUUCAGCGAUACCAUACACCACGUCUACCAGGACACCAACCGCAGAAUGAGCCGGGUCGACACCUUGCUCCAGCGCCAGGAGGGGGCGCUGGAGCACCUGCAGGAGGAGGUGAAGCAGGCCGCGCAAAAAGAGGAGGAGAUCAGGAAAACCCUCUCCCAUUUACAGACACAGACUGCUGGUCUGCACGCGCAGGCACUGCAGAUGAGGACAACGCUGCAGGACGUUGAAAAGGAACAGGUGGAGCUCCUGAACCAGGUGACCAGCCUGGACACCAGCGUGGACAGCUCAGCUCCCAACAUCACAACAUUAAAGGACUGGGCUCUCCAGCACUCCAAUGUUCUAAAGGUCCUGGAGAAAUGGAUCCAGCACGAAAAGCAAACUUUGGAAGAUCAGGACCAGCAGCUUACCCGCAUACAGAGCCUGACCGAGUCAUGAGCCCUGUUUCCUCAAGCAAAUCACACUCUUCCUAACCAAUAAGGACCAACUGUUCACUGCUGCAAGCCUCCUCACCAACCAUCUUCUGAUACAUAAUGCUCACUUCAAACUCAACACAGCAAUGCCACAUACAGUAACACGUCUCAUUCACCUAGACACAGACCGAAGCCACACACUAAACUGCCCUGCUGCUCUGGGUCCAUAAACAGCCUAACCAUUUAAUAAAGAUAAACAUUUUAUUACCA